AUGAAGAAGUCGUGUAGUUUGAGAGGUUAUUAUCUUUGUCUAAUCAAUAUGUUCAUGUUGCUGUUGGUAGUAAGGUCCCAACUGACGACAGAUUUCUAUAAGACAUCAUGUCCUAAUGUUUCCAAAAUAGUAAGGAUAGAGGUUCAGAAAGCUCUCAUGAAUGAGAUGCGAAUGGGUGCUUCUCUGCUUCGCCUUCACUUUCAUGAUUGCUUUGUAAACGGUUGUGAUGGAUCAAUACUACUAGAUGGGGGUGAUGGUGUAGAGAAGUCUGCUAUUCCAAAUCUGAACUCUGUUAGAGGAUAUGAAGUUGUAGAUACAAUCAAAAGCUCAUUGGAGAGUGCAUGCAGUGGGGUUGUCUCCUGUGCUGAUAUACUAGCAAUCGCUGCCAGAGAUUCUGUUUUCCUAAGUGGUGGUCCUUUUUGGAGGGUUCUUCUAGGAAGAAGAGAUGGAACAGUCUCAAACGGAACACUGGCAAAUACUGCGCUUCCUUCGCCAUUUGAUCCAUUGGAUACCAUCAUUUCAAAAUUUACUAAUGCAGGCCUUAAUCUCACAGAUGUUGUUUCUUUAUCAGGUGCACAUACCAUUGGCCGAGCAAGGUGUACAUUUUUUAGCAAUAGAUUGUCCAACUUCUCAGGAACAGGUGCACCAGACACUACACUAGACACUGCCAUGCUCUCUGACCUGCAAAGUUUGUGUCAAAAUGGAGAUGGAAACGCAACAGCAGUUCUUGAUAGGAACUCAUCGGAUCUAUUCGACAACCACUACUUCAAGAACUUGCUCAGUGGAAAAGGGCUUCUCAGUUCUGACCAGAUUCUAUUUUCUAGUGAUGGGGCUAAUUCAACUACUAAACCUUUAGUGGAAAGCUAUAUCAACGAUAGUGUACUCUUCUUCGGGGACUUCGCCAAUUCUAUGAUCAAGAUGGGGAAUAUAAAUCCAAAGACUGGGUCUGAUGGAGAAAUUAGGAAGAACUGCAGAGUGAUAAAUUCGUAG